CAUUUCGCGCUGCGGUCACACUGAAAGCGAACAGCAACAAUUGCAUUGCGUAGAAAAAUAAAGUGCUUAAAACGUAUAAAAGUUCUGUAGAAUUUUUUUUGAUUGCACACUUAAGUAACGCGCAAAUUGCAUCAAAUAGAAACCAUACCAAAGGCGAAUAGCAAUCGACAUAAUUGUUGUUGAAUCCUACACUCUAUAUAUGUGCUUUGUUCUAUAAAGAACCUGUGAGUGCAAGUGCCACUGUGUGUGUGUGUGUGUGUAGUGAGCGAGCGUGUUUGUGCGUGUGCGUGUAGGUGCGUACGUUUGUGUGUGUGUGCGUGUGUUGUGCGAGUGCCGUAACGUGAAAUGGCAAAGAAAACGUACGAUUUACUUUUUAAACUUCUGCUAAUUGGCGAUUCCGGCGUUGGAAAGACCUGCAUACUAUUCCGUUUCUCGGAUGAUGCAUUCACAUCCACAUUUAUAUCGACCAUAGGAAUCGAUUUCAAAAUCAAAACAGUCGAACUCAGGGGCAAAAAAAUUAAAUUACAAAUAUGGGACACGGCCGGACAGGAGAGAUUUCACACAAUCACCACAUCCUAUUACCGUGGCGCGAUGGGCAUAAUGCUCGUCUAUGACAUAACGAAUGAGAAAAGUUUCGAGAAUAUAGUCAAAUGGUUACGGAACAUAGACGAGCACGCAAAUGAGGAUGUGGAGAAGAUGAUAUUGGGCAACAAGUGCGAUAUGUCCGACAAGCGAGUUGUCAGCAAAGAGCGCGGCGAAGCGAUUGCAAGGGAGCACAGCAUACGGUUUAUGGAAACAUCCGCCAAAUCAAAUAUAAACAUUGAGCGCGCAUUUUGUGAACUUGCCGAGGCCAUAUUAGAUAAAACAUCGGGCCGCGAAUCGGCCGAGAAUCCCGAAAGGGUUGUCAUCGAUCGCGGCAAUAGCGAUAAGGCGACGAGCUACAGCAAAUGUUGUGCGUAAUGGGGUUAUGACACCUGUUAGUUUAACGUUCACGGUUGGUUUUGUGAUCUACAUACAUACAUGCAUACAUAUACAUACAUACAUACAUACACACACAUACCUACACAUAAUAUAUAUAUAUACAUAUACAUAUAUAACAAACUUGGCAAAAACCUAGUGCUUUUUUUAACUGUGUGCGUGCAAUUGCAUGUUUGUGUGUGUGUGUGUGAUGAGUGUGUGUUUUAUAACUUUUUGAUAGCUCCUUUAUUAUUACUAUAUGAACAAGAAAAACAACAAAGAAAAAAAAUCAAA